GAGAUUUAAAAGUACUGCGAAGAAGUUUUUCUUAGUAAACAUUUUCUGUGUUCUGAGACCUUCAGUCAUUUUUGGCUGAAGCUCGUUGAACUAAUGGAUCGACGGUCUGGAUUGAAGGGUGGACUGGUUUGUUGAGGAUUUGGGAUUAAUCAGGAGUCCAGAGGCAUUAUGUCAGUAUUGUAAUCUUAAUCGCCACAGACAUACCCACGCAGGUUUACGUCAAGGAAAGUUCAGCAUUUUCAGUAUCCUGCUGGCAUAAGUUGCUCCAGCAGAAAUGAUAUGCCACUUGUCUUUUUUAGUUGUCUUCAGUCUUUUCGUGUCUCAGUGUCAUGGCGGCUGUGCAGAGGUGGACUCCCUGACUGAAGCCGUGGCCGGAGGAGGAUUCCUGAUGCGCUGCAUCUCCUGCAAAAGAAGAGAGGAGGUCUCUGCCCGAGCCACCGUAGACUGGCACUUCAAACCGCUGGGAGAGGAGGAGUUCAGGCAUAUUUUCCACUAUGACCACCCCACUGCCGACAUCCUCCAUGAAGAUUUCAGCGACCGCCUGGAGUGGCACGGGACACAAAACAGCGAUAUUCAGACAGGAACCAUCUACAUUCAUAACAUCAGAUUCAAUGACACGGGGACGUACCGCUGCACAGUCCACCGCACCCUCCUCCUGUCGCUGUAUGACGAGCACGUCACUGUGGAGAAGGAGGUGGAGCUCAACGUGGUGGCUGUAGCCAACCAGGAGCUGACAGCAGUGAUCUCAGAGAUAGUCAUGUACGUGCUGAUCGUGGUUCUGCAGCUGUGGCUCAUUGUGGUUCUGGUCUACUGCUACAAGAAGAUUUCUGAGGAGCACGAAGCUCGUGAGGCCCGUAAAGCUCUCAAGGCUCAGGCAGAGCUUUUAGAAUCAAAAGAAAGCUGUGACAGGGUGCAGCCAGAGUAACAGUACAGUAAGAAGAUCAUCUCUGCGAGAGUCAGGCUUCAUUUUUGUACCACGAUUCUGCUAAAAAAGACACAAUUGCUGUAUGAGAGGUUGAAUUUGAAGGCCUUGGUCACACUCAGUCGUAGUAUGGUUAACUGGAAAUAGAAGCUGAUGGUACAGAUGACAGUAGGCAGAGCAGACUUCUGUUAGAGAUUUCCUUUCAGCAAAAUGCAGUGUCCAAGGUGUCCUAUAGGACUAUUAAAUGCUAAAGUUUGCAGAUUUGUAAAUAGGGCUUUGUAUGUAAUGUGGGGAAUCCAAUAAGUGGCAUUUUUUUUAAUUGUUGAGUAAUCUAUCAAUUGAUUAAUGUAUUAUUUUCUAGUCUAUAAAAUGUCAAGAAUGAAGACAGAGUCACAAAAUUAUCCAAAGCAAUGAGACAAGCACAAAUGCAAGCAAAGCCUGAGCUGUAGGACAUGAGCAGUUUAUCAGGUAUCCAAGUGGCCACUGAUGAAUUUUCUAUUGACAAACUAACCAAAUGAUUGCUAAACCUAACAUUUUUGUAAAUUUUAUUUUAUUUUUUUAAACACAGAAACUAAUGAUUGUAUCAGUGUUAAUGCAGACAAUGAUCCACAGCCGAGGAACUAUUUGUU